GCUAAAUUCUAGACUUGCUAAAAGUGGAAUGAAUAGUAUUUCCGAUCUUUUUACUGGAAAUUGAAUUUCAAUCUUCUCAAGGUUAUACCGAGUCCCCGCUGUCCUGUUAGCUACCCCACCGAAUCCCGCCGCAUUUGCCGACGUAAGGGCCCAACUCCAACUCGGGGAGAACGAUAUAAACUACCGAGCUUGUCGCGUCCUGGUUUGAUCCUGGAUUCUCUUUUUUUUUUCUGUCUCCCACUUUACACGGACAAGAACAUCCUUCAAUUGCGACCUCUUCUCUCCCACUCAUUCCUCCCACCAUCACCACCACCACCCAACACUCCAAUCUAUACAAACCACCAAGCGUCGCGUGCCACGCACACAACCACUCGCCCACCAUGGACCCCUCACAAGUCAAAAUCCCACCGAUGAAAAACCUCACAGUCGAGAACAUCACCGAAAACGUCAUCACAAUCAACUCCCUCUGCCAAGACGAACGCAUGAAAUACGUCCUCGAACGCCUAGUGACCCACCUGCACGACUUUGCCCGCGAAACCCGCCUCAGCAGCGACGAAUGGAUGACGGGUCUCCGCUUCCUCACAGAAGUAGGCCAAAUCAGCUCGGCCGUCCGCCAAGAAUUCAUCCUCCUCUCCGACGUCCUCGGUCUGUCUAUUCUAGUCGACUCGAUCGACCACCCCAAACCCCCCGGUUCGACCGAGGGGACGGUGCUGGGCCCGUUCCACACGCACGAUGCGGAGGAAAUGCCCAAUGGCGAGUCCAUGUCUCACGAUCCCAAGGGGGAGCCGUUGCUGGUCGUGUGUACGUUGCGGGAUACGGAGGGGCGGCCUAUCGAGGGGGUGAAGAUUGAUAUCUGGGAGACGGAUUCCACGGGCCAUUAUGACGUGCAGUAUGCUGGGCGGGAGACCCCCGAUGGUCGGUGUGUGAUGCGGACGAAUAAGGAGGGGAUCUUUUGGUUCAAGGCUAUUACGCCCGUGCCGUAUCCCAUUCCGCACGAUGGGCCCGUGGGGAAGUUGUUGAAGAAGUUGCAUCGCCACCCUUAUCGGCCUAGUCAUAUGCAUUUCAUGUUUGAGAAGGAGGGCUACGAUCAUCUGAUUACGGCUCUCUACCUCCGCAACGACCCCUACGAAACCUCCGAUGCGGUCUUUGGCGUCAAGGAUUCUCUGACCGUGGACCUGGGCAAGGUCGGUCCUGAAUUGGCCGCCCAGUAUAACGUCCCCGAGGGCCAGGCGCUGCUGACCUAUGACUUUGUCCUGGUCUCGGAUGAAGAGACGAGCGCACUGCGUGCGAAUAACUCCAAGAUUGCGCUGGAUAAGUUGGGGCGGAAGGUGAAGAUUGUGAAUGGACUGCCCGUGCCCGAUCUGGAUUGAUUUGGCUGGUAUGGAAUCACCCCAGAAUGCGGGUUACGCAUGGGAAAAAUUGGAAAGUACAUAUUAUACAUGAAUGAAUUUCGACAUGAAUCAACUCGGAGAACUUCGAUUUCCGC